AGACCUGAGCGAAUGUCGGUUUUGAUCUCUCAACACGAGGCUCGAAUGAAGUCGCUACAGGAGUCGAUGAGGGAGGCAGAGAACAAGAAGAGGACCCUCGAGGAGCAGGGGAUGCCCUACAAGAGGAGUGUGCUAAGAUGAAGGCUGCUGAACAAGUGCACGCAGUCUCGUCGAAAGAGAAGGCCGAAGAGAAAGAGAAAGCGACAACAAUGCGCGUGGCCUUGGAACAGCAGAUGGAUCAGCUGAGAGACGCCCAUCAGAAACAGGUGGCCAACUUGCGUGAUGAGAUAAGCGACAAGCAGACGGUGAUCAACGAGCUCAAGGAUCAGAAUCAGAAGUACGAGUUGGCACAUCAACAGUUGCAACAGGAGUACGAGAAACUCAAACAGGACGAGACCGAGAAGAGCAACAAACUUCAGGAGUUGAUCCUGAUCAACGAGCGCCGCGAACAGGCCAGGAAGGACCUGAAGGGUCUGGAGGACACCGUUGCCAAGGAGUUGCAGACUCUGCACAAUCUCCGAAAACUGUUUGUGCAGGACUUGCAGGCCAGGAUCAGAAGUAUGGUAAACGCCAACAACGGGCACAUAACAGAUCUCAUUUCUGAAAAUAGUUAUUUAUUUGUGCAACUAGUGCGCAAAGAAGUUUGCUUCUGUGAACGCCGAAGACAACGAGGUGAUGGUGGAUCUUUGGCCCAAAAACAGAAAAUCUCGUUCUUGGAGAACAACUUGGAUCAGCUGACUAAAGUGCACAAACAGUUGGUCAGAAUAAUGCGGACCUCAGAUGUGAACUGCCAAGCUGGAGAAGCGCCUGAGGGCUACCAUGGAGCGGUUAAGGCCCUAGAAACGGCGCUAAAAGAGCAAAAACAGGCGUAA